AUGCCCGCCCCCGCUGUUCUUGACUACCGAGUGGCCAUUUUGUCUGCCUCGGAAGUUGGAAGACGGCGGAUAUUUCGCGAAACCCGCACCCCCGCUUCCAAAUAUCCGUCUUUCAACUUCCAUCUUCACCAACUCAACAUGACGGAGCACAAGAGACCCUCACGAAGUCGAGAGCUUCGUGAGCAUGAAUUUCAAAGAGGGUUUAAAGCGUGUAUUCCAUGUUCACGGCGAAAAGUGAAAUGUCAACUCGUGGAUGGCCAUAAAUGUGCUCGAUGCAGCAGACAACGACUCGAAUGCACCUUUACGACGAAGAAGCCUUGGUCGCGAGAACCUCAGAGUGCAAGUGCUCGCCAGAACAGGACUACCAUUGGUACCGGGAGCAUACAACAAAGGCCGCGACGCGAGUCUCGACAGGCCGAAGGCAAACAGGGGGGUCUCCCUAUAUCCAUGCUGCAGAAAGUGGUUUCGAGUAACCAUGAUGCUAUGAAUAUCCUCUAUGAGGCAGCACUUCAUGAGGAAGGUCAACAUCCGGUGGAGGAGCGGCCCGCCGACUCGGCAUUGUGUAUUCCUCGAGCUUUAAACGAGACCGACGCACUUCGCGUCUGGAACGCUUGCCGCUUCGUAAAAAUGGGCUGGUUCUUAUCGCACGAAGCUAUCUCAUUAGUCGACCAAUUCUUCGCGAACAUGAGCCCCCUCUCCCCGGUUCUGACGGAUUUUUUCGCCUCACAUAAAAAUCAGUACUAUUUGGUGACCCAAGAACCUAUGCUAUGCUGUACGAUUCUCAUGAUAUCUUCAAGGCAUCAUAUCCUGCCUGGAGUUGGGGGUCGCUCUCGGGCAUUUUUCAUUCACCAACGCAUGUGGCAGCAUUGCCAGCAUCUAUUGAUGCGACUGACUCUUGGUCAAGAGAAGAUAUCAAAAGCAAAGACGCGUAAUAUUGGAAGUAUUGAAGCUCUGCUGUUGAUGUCUGAGUGGUUCCCUCGACACUUACAGUUCCCUCCCGAGACGGACGGCUGGGACUCUGAUUUUAUCAUGACGAACUUGGAUGCACACGAUCCUCCUUUGCCAGUUGAAGAGAUAACCGUCUCUGAUACAUGGAAACAAGAUGUUGUCGAGCCAACAAAACGCUUCGAGCAUAUGUCAUGGAUGGUCUUGAGUCUUGCUCUGGCGCUUGCCCAUGAACUAGGUGUCUUUGACCCUAAUGCUCGGUUGCCAAAGGCUGACAACUUAAUUGGGUUCGACGCUGAGAUGUAUCUUCAACACCUUGAACUAAGGAGGCAACGUCUUCCAAGUCUACUUUUUGUUUUUAUCAAUGCAUUAUCAUCUAGACUCGGGUGCACAUCACCGAUGCCUUCAGAUGUUGGCCUUACAACGCCAGAUCUAGCAUUGCUUCAACUGGACAAAAGGGGCAAUGAGUGGUUGUCAUUCAUGAAGACAUGGAGAGAAUUGAGCAGAGUUACCUCGUCAAUCAUGCAAACAUUAUUUCCAUUGAUGGGUACGGCUUUGGCAACUGGAUCAGCGGAUACAUUUUUCUCCAUCUUAGACCAAAAGCAGACCUUGUUGACGAACUGGCAGCAAAGGAACUUUGGCAGCGCUGUCACUGGGUCAUCUUACACUGAUAUACUUUUUGUCGAAUAUCAGCAUCUCCGAGUACUCAUCAAUUCAAUCGGAAUGCAGGUCGUUGUGCAACGAGUUCUGUCGAAAACCAUGUAUGCGGAGUCAACAAUCGAUACUUCAUUCAUAGAGAGAGCACGGCAGUUGAACAUGACUGCUCGAGAGUAUGGGUUCAUUGAGGAAGUAAUUGAUGGCUGCUGUCAGACACUUGAGAAAGUGGCUACUCUCGGCAAUGCAGGCUCACUGUAUUUCUCUCCCAUGAGAUUGCUCUUCCGAACAAUAAGCUCUUCGAUAUUUUUAAUGAAAGCUCUUGCUCUAGGUGUGCGCAAUAGCAAGCUUCAGGAAGCCUUGCGAAUUCUGGAUCAAGCUAUAGAGUCCCUACAAGGCAAUAACGAGGAUGACAACCACAUGAUCCUACGAUAUGCUACCCUGCUGAAUACGCAAGCUGCUCGACUGCGGAGAAGUCUCAUGUCCUCAAUUCCAAUGAUUGAAGCUCCCACAGUUGAUUCUGGCCUUCUUCACGGGUCCUUACAAUCGCUGGAAAUGUAUCCGUCCAUGGCUCCGACUCUCAAUAAUGAUCACGGAGGAUUGUCCAACUUGUCCGGUCUUGACCCAGAAGGUCCACUUGAUUUUGAUGUCAAUGAAUGGCUAUCUUUACCCUUUGAGCCAUCGAUGGUUCCAUUCGGACCAAAUGAAGGGGAUAAUUGGGCGAGACUAGACGGUUCUGACUUGAAUCUAGAGUUUCUUUGGCAAUUGCCCGCAUAA